AUGCAGAGAGUGGGAGAUUGCUGCUAUGUGGUGGGCGGACGCGGCACGACUCACAAGCCUGUGUCAGAGGAGCACUUCGUGGCUUGCUACAACACGAAGCAGUCGCAAUGGCUGCCCAUCCGAGAAAUAAAGGGGCAGCCACCGCCUGCAGUGUCGAGCAUCAGAGGGGCAGCCCUGGAGGACCGGAUCAUUCUGUUUGGCGGUGCUGAUCUGAAGAAGGAACGCUUCAAUCGGCUGUGGACGCUCCAUAUCUCGCGCAGGACUCAGUUGAGGUGGUCAUGCACAGAUGAUCCUCCCUCAGACACAGAUCGGCCCUGUGAGCGAGCAGCCCACUCCGUGUCGCUGGUGGGAGAUCAUCUUUACGUCAUCUCGGGGUAUGGGUCUGUAAGGCAUUAUGCAUCAGAUGCCUGGCGCCUGAGUCUGAAGGCUCCCAGGGUUGCCGCCAUUGAUUGCCAACAGGGGGGCGCAGAAGCAGCGGAGGGCUCGCAGUGGAUGAAGGCAAAGCGCAGACGCACAGACCCGACGAAGGGCGCUGCCAACGGGCACGCAGCCUUUGUAGAAAGCGCUGUUGAUAUUUCAGCGGCAGUCCCAAAGGUGCCUGCAGUCCAGAUCAAGCCGGCACCUGUGGCAUGCCAGGCCCAGGGCGCCUGUCGAGCAGCAGCAGUCUCUGCGCUCCCGGUGUGUGGAUCUUCGCUGGAAGAGGAGCGCUUGAGGCAUGAGAAUGAGGAGCUGCGGAGAGCGCUGGACCACGAGCGCAACCUGCUGAAGGGCAUGGUCGAUAACACCGAGCUCAUGAAACAGAGGAUGGCGGCAGAGGCAGCGCAGCGGCGGCUGCAGUCUGAGCUGCAGGAGCUCCGGCAGGCGACAGACCUUGAGAUGCAUGCCUUGCGAAGGCAGCACCAGAUAGCGGAGGACAGGCUGCAGAGGGAGGUGCUGGCCAGGCAGGCCGCUGAGCAGGAGCUUGUGCACUCCAAGAGAGCUCAGGAGAGUGCAGACGAGGCUGCACAGAAAGCGCGCCUUUACUCCUCAGAGUUGGCACAGAAGGCGGAGGAAGCUCGGAACGAGAGCCUCCUGCACAUGCAGAGCAAGGAAGCUGCUGACCAGGAGCUGCAACGCUUUCAGAAGGAGAUAGCAGUGAUGCAGAGAACCUGCGAGCACCUGCAGAAGGAGUUGCAUGGGUCAGAGAUGAAGCGCAAGGAGGCGGAGAGUAUGGCGGAAAAGUUGCAGUCACAGCUGUUCCAGGCGCGAGACAGCGCUGACAAGGAGCGGACAGAGCUGGUGGAGCGGGCUGCAAAGGCAGAGGCUGCCCUCACUGAUGCCAGGGCAGAGCUGGAACACCUGAAACAGAAUCUGAAGUCUCUCCAGACCCAGCUGGCUGAGCGACAGGCUGAGCUGCAUCAAAGCAAGGAGCAUCUGGAUGCAGCUGGCAAGGAGAAUGGCACCUUGAAGAGCUGCGCUGACACAGAAGUGUCGGAAGUCAGGAGCAGCAAUGUGGUUCCCAUGAUUGCAAAGCUCAAGAAGGAAAAGAUCAUGCCGAUCAAGAAAGAUGCCCUUGAGGUCGUGAGCAACCUCCUGUCUGGGGCAAGAGUAUCAGUCUGCCAAGGGAAGGCGUGCUCUAAGAGGGGAAGUGCCCAGCUGAUGGAGGAGUUGAGCAUGCAUGCGGAGGAGGGGGUUGAGGUGAUGCCAUGCAAGUGCCUGGACAAGUGCAAAGCAGGCCCCAAUCUGGAGGUCACUGUUGGCGCAGAGAAGCGCAUCGUGGCGGUCAAUGCCCCUGCGCAGAAGGUUCUGGUCUCAAUGCCAUGAGGUUCUGGAAGUGUGAUAUUCUUUGUGGACUUCGUAACAUGAUGCUGGCUUUUGCACCUUUGGUGUAUGGCAGGUACCUGAUUUCCUGUGCGAGGGCCAAGCAGAGACUGCCGAAGCCUGUGGUGUAUGAUACAUGUCAGCCUGUAUUUGGAGGCAGCCUUUGCGCUUGAAGGAUGCACUCAGGUGUGAGGAUGUUGAGAUGAAGAAAUUCCUUUUCAAAGCCUUUCAAGGUAGAGAGUUUUGGUGACUCGUUCAUACGCAUGUGAUAAGGGAAUUAUGGGGUGUGCUGGAUUAUCAGAUGGAUGUCCUUGCUGUCGGACUGCACAGGAGUUUGUAUGUGUUAUGUUGCAUGACUUCCGCUGACUUCAGAUAUAGAUUGUGGCAAACAACCUUGAAAGGACAUCCAGCAUUUGGUGUAACGUGAUGGGGGAU